AUGGGCUCGCGUCGUGAGACCACAGGACUUGGUGGAUCAGCAGUAGCGGGGCAAGCAUCAGACCAGACUGAAAACAUGGUGUCUGUUAAGGACUGGAUCAUUAAGGUAACCUUCAAUGCAAAUGUGCAUGCCAGUCUCCAAUGGAACUUUAGACCUCAGCAAACAGAAAUAUAUGUGGUACCAGGAGAGACUGCACUAGCAUUUUAUAGAGCUAAGAAUCCUACCUACAAACCAAUAAUUGGAAUUUCUACAUACAACGUUGUACUUGAAGCUGGGCAGUAUUUCAAUAAAAUCCAUUGCUACUGUUUUGAAGAACAAAGGCUUAAUCCCCAAGGGGAAGUAGAUAUGCCAGUGUUUUUUUACAUUGAUCCAGAAUUUGCUGAAAACCCAAGAAUGGUGAAUGUAGAUAUCAUCACCCUUUCUUAUACUUUUUUUGAAGCAAAGGAAGGGCAAAAAUUGCCACUCCGAGGCUAUAGUUGAAGUAGCAACCAAG